AUGAGUUUACUUGACCUUUGGAACCUGCUGGAAACAAGUCUGCAGGGCGAGUCCUCUGACAAAAGAAGUCCCUUCCCUUGCGCCUUUCAGGAUGUCGGCGAUGACGACGAAGGCCACAAAAACGCUCUGAAGCGCUACGCCUUGGUCGACGCAAGACUGCGGCGCUUAUGCGAGCAAAAGCCGUCGGGCAAGAUCCAAGUUCCAAAGGCAAUCCACGAACAGUGGAAACUAGGAGGGAAAGCCCGAGAUGAGCUUAGAGUCUUCUUCGAGAAAUUUGAUCUCAACAAGGAACAAUUCAUCGCCAAUGUGGUCAGGAUGAUUGAACGACGAAAUGAAGACGCUCAAGAGAUCAAGAGUGGAUGGUUCACCCCAGAGCAGAUGAAGACUGAGCUGCAGUGGGGCGCGAAUGACAAAUACAGCAGCAAGGUGUACAAGUACUUCGUGGAGUACUCCGACAAGGAGUCCAAAAAGAAGAUGUACAUCGAGAGUGAGACGCACACCUCCACUGAGCAGCAGGAGAUGGAGGUUGAAGAAAAGUUCAACAGUGGCAUGUUGACAAAGAUGAGCAAAAUCACCGACUUGAUGAGCAAGCUGGAGGGACUGGUUGGCCUUGAAGGUGUGAACGGUGAGGACCAAACCCGUUGCAGAAAGCUCGUCAAGUGCUUGGAUGACAAGCUGCAGGAUGCGCAGCGGUCGUUCAAUGCCUUUGCGGAGGGCGCUGAACCUGAGUUGCAUGGGCUUGCAAGGAUGGUCGGCCGGGGCGUCCCAUGCGCCGAUGUGAUCAAGCAGGCGCGUUUGACCCGAAAUGCUUCCAAGGGCAUGAAAGCUCUAGCCAAGAUCGAUACAAAGAAGAGCGAAACGGGUUGCCAUAGAGUCUUUAGACAGUAUGGCCAGGCAGCUGAUGUCAGGAUAUCGUAUGUCGAUUUGCCGAGCAAAUCACGUUUUCCGUACGUUCGCUUCAGCGACUGGUUGGAAUUCAUUGUGACCAAUGAUGACCUGGACUGUCUGGUUGGUGUGAAAGAUUUGAAGUUGAUGCGGAAAGCGCUGGAUGUUUUCUGGCGAAGGUACCAGGGAAUUCAGCCAAAUCAUGUCAUUUUUGACAUGGCUAGCCGGGGGGAGCUGGACCCUUCGAUGACUGUGCCAGUUCUGUGGCAUGGAGACGAAGGCCGUGGACUGAAGAAGAAACAAAUCCUGAUCUUAUCAACGCACGGCUGUCUUGGACAGGGGACAACAAAAUCGCAACACCUUCAGAGAGAAGAUGCUGAUGAUGAGAGCUGCCCUCUGCUCCUGAACAUGAAGGGGCACACCUUGAAGACCCAUUUCAUCCAAUCAGCAACUCCGGUAAGCCUUUACAACAACAGCCCACAGAGCUUCAACAUGUUGCUGCAGAUCCAAGCAGAUGAGUUUACUUCUCUCUUGAAAGAGGGCAUUGAAGUCGAAGGCCGACGCUUUUGGGUGGCAUGUUUGGGAUGCAAGGGCGACGCGCCCUGGUUGACCAAAGCUGGAGGAUUCGAUAGAUCCUAUGCCCGCAGGCCAACAGCCAAGGAAUCGAAGAAGGCAUGCGCUGGCAUUUGCCAUCGCUGCCUGGCAGGCAAAGAGGAUUGGCAUUUCCCAGUGCCAUUUGAAGAAAUUGGUACUUUGCAGCCUGCCUGGCUCCGGACAGUCGGCAUUGCACCAGCCUACUCUGUGCCUGCACCGUUCUUGCGAAUACCGUUUGACAAAGAAGGUCGCAAUGAUGACUUCUUUCGAUACGAUCUGUUUCACAAUUGGCACAUGGGAGUUGGAAAAGCCUUCAUCAGCAGCGCUGUGUGCAUCAUCAUGGAAGUCAUCCCAGAGACGAUUGUCAAGACAUUCGACCUUCUGACGGUUGACUUUCUGGGCUAUUGCAAGGCACACAAAGAGAGUCCCUACCAUCACAAGUUGAGUCCUACUUUGUUUGGCGUUCACCAGGGCUUCCAGGAUUGCCCUGAUGGUGGCUGGUCCAAAGGUGACUUCACGAGACUUCUUCACAAGUGGUUUGGGGACUACUGCUCGAGGAACAUUGUUGGCAAGCAGGAUGACCCGCUCUGUCUCAAGUGUGCUGAAGCGGUUUUUGCUGUGAAUGACUUCAUCAGCGGCCUCUACAGGGAGGGAGUCUUCAUCCGGUCUAACAGGGCUCUUGUUCUAGCUCACAGCGGCCAACGGUUUUUGAAGAACUAUGCAGAGCUGGCCGCUCUUUCGUAUCAGAAUGGAAUGAAAAGAUUCCCAAUGAUACCCAAGUGUCAUUAUUUACAUCAUCAAAUCUAUGACUUUUGGUUUCAAGCUCAGUCUUGUGCCUGGGCGGUUAACCCGCUUCUUUACGGAUGCCAAAUGCAAGAAGAUUUUGUAGGGCGCCCCAGUCGACUGGGGCGCCGGGUGAGCUCAAGGACAACGUCCUUGAGGGUUCUGCAAAGGCUCUUCGUGGCCAUCCGUUCUUUGGGUUUUGAGGAGUGA